GGCCGCGCAGGUUUGCGCAGGCGCAGCGCGGCCGCGGGUGGGCGGAGUCGGUCAGGAUGAGUGGCGGAGGGACGGAGACCCCCGUGGGUUGUGAAGCCGCCCCGGGCGGCGGCGGCAAGAAGAGGGACUCGCUGGGGACCACAGGCUCGCCAGCGCACCUCAUUAUCAAGGAUCUUGGAGAAAUCCAUUCAAGGCUUUUAGAUCACAGGCCCGUCAUCCAAGGUGAAACCCGUUAUUUUGUGAAAGAAUUUGAAGAAAAACGUGGUCUUCGAGAAAUGCGCGUUCUUGAAAAUCUGAAGAACAUGAUCCACGAAACCAAUGAGCACACACUUCCCACGUGUGGGGAGACCAUGCGGGAGAGCCUGGACCAGGUUCUCCAGAGACUGCAAGCAGCUACUGACUCAGUCUGCAGACUCCAACAGAGGGAACAGGAGCGAAAAAAGAUUCAUAAUGACCAUUUACUAGCUAGUGAAAAACAGCAGAUAAUCCAGUGGGAGGAGUUCAUGAAAGGCCAGCAUAGCAAACAGGCCGCAGUGGACGAAGAGCACAGGAGAGCCGUGGGGAGACUCAGAGAGCAGUACACCGAGAUGGAGAAGGACCUGGCCAAAUUUUCAACCUUCUGAGGACUUGAGCCACAACGAUGACCAUCUAAUGAGAAAGCAUUGACUUCUUCCCCCGCCCCACCGCCCCCCACCAGACAAAAAAAAACCAAACUGCUCCCACCGAACCAUUUAGCCUCUGCUUCAAGCUUAGCAGUAUGUUCAGUGGCACUCGUCUAUCAGAAGAAAGAAACUUCUGCCGGAGUCAUAAACAGACAUUUUGCCGAAGAGUGCCCCGUCUGUCCAGUUUAGGUGCCUCUGUGUGGCCAUUUGAAUGGGGAGGAGUGGGAGGAAAUGGUCCAGAUGUGCUCUUGGUUAAUAGGGAUUGGUCUUCGUUUGCAUUGAUUGCAGAGAACUGUAAGUAGAGACUUCUUAGAAAAGUCCCUUAGCUCAUUCUUACGUAGGGUUAGUGUUAGUUUAUUAUUGUGGCUUAGAAGGCAGGUAGGAUGGCUGCCUGUCACAGCCUCCUUGGCUGUUGGAUGAAUGUAUAUGGUGUUACUCCGGGAGUACUGGAGACAGAAGCGACUGACCUGGGAGCAGAGGUCACAUUUAAGAGAGAGGAAAGUCAAAACCUAGCUCCACUAUGCAGAGAGGGCCACGCUGGUCUUUAGCCGGCCCACCGGGAGAAGUCACAGAUUAUGCAUUGCAGCACGAGGCCGUGUUUCACUGGAUGACAAGACACACGUGUUCCACUUGUGGCGUCCCAGCACUUAAUAGUUCAGCCUUUGAAACGUGCUUACAGGGAAAACCUUACCAAAAAUAUGGUUGACUUUUAGUCCUUCCACGAACCAUAAUCUUCUUGCCCAUAGUAUUUACCUCAUUUUUGUGUCUGUUUUGCCGUGGGUAAGCUUUGUAAGAUAAAUAAUGUCUAUACUUGUUUCAGCUGUUCAGUGCGUAAUCGGCAAAAUCUGCCAAGGAGUCCCUCUGGAACCGUGUAAAGACUCUGGCUCUGAAUAAACCAGAAGUAUUUGCCCACAUGGCAAAUGACCCAUGGUAAAUGUAAGUCCUUUUUAGUGUUUAAUGUCUGUUCUCAUAAGCAGGGGUAUUACGACGAAACAUGUUACCAAUCCUGUCAUCGCUGUGAUCUCUAAAAAUCUACGUUUAGCAAUCUAAUUGAGGAACGAAGUUGAUUUUUUUAUUUGCCAUAUACCGGGCAAAAUUAAAUGCAAUGAUUUCAAGAGAUUUAUGGCGCACGGAUUUAAGGUGUGGAUCGAUCUUUCAGGUAUUUUUUAUUGCUCUUCAGUAGGGAAAGGCACAAGAAGGAGAAUGCCCAGCCCCGUUAUCUCAGUGCUUCUGGUGCGGAGAGCGACGAUUUAUGGCUCACUGUCAAAGCUUCAUUCUUGGCUGCAUGUUGAAAAUGUGAUUAAAGUUAAUAGAGGAGAUGAAA